AGUUCCUGGCCUGAGGAAGGGAGGCUCAGUGCCCAAGGAUGUGACCCGGCGUGAGGCCCGGGGAAAGAACAGCGCAGCAACCCCGCAGUAUCCUAGGCGACAGGGUGUGGGCGGGAGGGUGGGGAGUCAAAGGCGGAGUCACGGGCUCCGCCCUCUUUCUCCAGCUUGGCGCGAGCACAGGCUCCGCGUGGUUCUCACAACUAGCAGCUCGGCUCAGUGAGACCCUGUGCCCCAGAGGCUGCUCCUGGCUGGGGUGGCGCUGCAGGGGAACCGCGAGCUCUCAGGGGUCGGCGGUUGACUUCUUUCCGGAAGAAAGCGAGAAACUUGCUCUGCGGGGUGAACUGGACUCUCCAACUCCGGACGAUCAGCCCAGGACUGAGAGUCCCGAAGUCCCCAACCACAAGUGAGCGGCCCCAGAAGGACAAGUCUAGGUCGCUGUCCAGAGCGCCAUGGCCGCGCCCGCCCUUCGUUUGUGCCACAUCGCCUUCCACGUGCCCGCGGGGCAGCCCCUCGCCCGGGACCUGCAGCACCUCUUCGGCUUCCAGCCCCUGGCUUCGCGGGAGGUGGACGGCUGGCGGCAGCUGGCCUUGCGCAGCGGCGACGCUGUCUUUUUGGUGAACGAGGGCCCAGGGUCUGGAGAGCCGCUGUAUGGGCUGGACCCGCAUCACGCCGUCCCCAGCGCCACGAACCUGUGCUUCGACGUGGCGGACGUCGGCGCUGCAUUCCGGGAACUGGCAGCGCUGGGCUGCAGCGUGCCUGUCCCUCCCGUUCGCGUGCGGGACACGCAGGGUGCCGCCACUUACGCUGUGGUCAGCUCGCCCGCCGGCAACAUCAGCCUGACCUUGCUGGAGCGCGCCGGCUACCGCGGACCCUUCCUGCCCGGCUUCAGGCCCGUGCCCUCUGCGCCUGGCCCUGGGUGGGUCAGCCGCGUGGACCACCUGACUUUGGCCUGCACCGCCGGCAGCUCCCCCACACUUUUGCGCUGGUUCCACAACUGCCUGGGCUUUUGCCACUUGCCGCUGAGCCCAGAUGAGGAUCCCGAGCUGGGCCUGGAAAUAACAGCAGGGUUUGGGCUUGGGGGACUGAGGCUUACAGCCCUGCAGGCCCAGCCGGGCAGCAUUGUCCCCACUCUCGUGCUGGCUGAGUCCCUGCCGGGGGCGACGACACGACAGGACCAGGUGGAGCAGUUCCUGGCCCAGCACAAGGGGCCAGGCCUGCAGCACGUGGGGCUGUAUACGCCUAAUAUUGUGGAAGCCACUGAGCGGGUGGCAGCUGCUGGAGGCCAGUUCCUGGCUCCCCCUGGGGCAUACUACCAGCAGCCAGGAAAGGAGAGGCAAAUCCGAGCUGCAGGGCACGAGCCUCAUCUGCUUGCUAGACAGGGGAUCCUGCUAGAUGGUGAUGAAGGCAAGUUUCUGCUUCAGGUCUUCACCAAGUCCCUUUUCACUGAGGACACUUUCUUCCUGGAGCUGAUUCAGAGGCAGGGGGCCACUGGCUUUGGUCAGGGCAACAUCAGAGCUCUGUGGCAGUCUGUACAGGAGCAAGCUGCCAAGAGCCGGGAAGCCGAAGGAUGCCCAGAGCUGAGUGCAGCCACCUGACCUGCAGCUCUGGGGAGACCAGCAUAGAACUGAGGAACAUCUGCAGGAGGCCCAACUAGUGAAAGACUUUGCCUCCAGGGGGCAGGUGUGACUUCCAUCUCAUCGCGCCUGCCAGAAGCUGUGUCUCUCACUGGGCUCCAAAGAGGUGGGAUUUUUAAAAACUAAAACAUUUCUUAUAUAUAGUCUAUAAUAAAUAUGUAAGAUACAAAAAACAAUAAAAGAAUUACACACUAGGAAACAGAACAUAACCAAUACUUUUGAGUCCUCCUUGUGUUCCACUGUGAUUGUUUCCUCCCACCCACUCCACAAAUCCUGUCAUUAUUAGCCCUUUGCUUUUCUGUCGUUUCACUCCGUAUGUAACAUAACCCUAAAUAAAUGAUUUCAUAUUUGAAGUAGGAAUUUUUUUUUUGUUUGUUUGUUUGGUUUUUUGUUUUUUUUGAGACGGAGUCUC